AUGGCUUCCAAACCCCUAAUACUAGUCACCGGAGCCACAGGCUAUGUAGGCGCACAUAUAGUUGAACAGGCCCUAGACGUUGGCUAUCCGGUCCGGGUAACAUCUUUCCCAGGCAAGAUCAAUUCUUCCAAGGGGCAGUUUGGAGAGGGUGUCGAAGUUGUUGAGAUGAUUGAUAUUGCCACUGGAGACCUUACCAAUGCACUCCGAGGCGUAGAGAUUGUUAUACACGCUGCUGCACCUCAUGUUGGUGAGACGGACUUAGAGAGAGUGAUAUCAGGGACUGUUGAUGGCACAUUAAAUAUCGCUCGCCAAGCGGCGAAAGCUAAUGUCAAGAGGAUUGUUUUUACCAGCAGUUGGAGUGCGUGCGUAGAUAUGGGGGAUCCUGCGGCUUGUUUCAGCAAUUAUGUCUUCACCGAGAAAGAUUGGAAUUCUGCAACGACCGAGCAGGUUCUUAGCGGCAAACACAACAAAAACCCUGUUUGGCUACACGGUGCUGCGAAAUCUCUGGCUGAGCAAGAGAUAUGGAAGUUCGCUGAUGAUCACCCAGAAGUAGAUGUUACAACGAUCAAUCCGCCUUUUAUUUACGGACCGCUCGCGAAAGGUACAAAAAUUAAUAAAGAGGUACUGAGAACUCACCCAUCGCUUGGUAGGUUCUACAGCCUCCUUCUUGCGGGUUCUUCGCUCCUCGAAUUACCUCCAUCUUUGGCAAUACCCAUUGCGGUCGACGUCCGCGACGUUGCUCGUGCUCAUAUUCUCGCUCUAACUGCUCCACCUACCACUGAGAUUGGAAGGAAACGUAUCCUCAUUGGGGGCCGUAAUUUCCGAAUGUGUGACGUGAGCGAACAUCGGGUGACCCCAAUUGCUACGAUAGACACUUCCCGAGCCAAGGAGAUUUUGGGAUAUAACGAGCCUCUGCCCUGGAAGAAGACAGUGAAUGAUAUGAUCAAUAAGAAGCACUGCGCUGCUUUGGGACUCUAUGUGCGAAAGGUUUAA